UGCGCAUGCGCAAUGGGCGCCGUUGUGCCGUCCAGACAAGAUGGCGGUUGCGGUGCAGUCCUGAUAACCAGCUCGGAGACGAUCUCUGAGCUAAUACUAUGGUGAUCCCGCUCUAACUAUUGCAAGUUGCCGUGUGUGGAACAGUGCCGGUCCACGGUGUGAUGAACACCUUGCUCGGGAUUUGUGUAGAGAGAGUCAGAGGGGGACAUUUCCAGCCUGGGGUUAGCCCAGCAUGGCUGCAGCUUCAUAUGACCAGUUGUUAAAGCAAGUGGAGGCACUGAAAAUGGAGAAUACUAAUCUUCGGCAAGAACUAGAGGAUAAUUCAAAUCAUCUUACAAAACUGGAGUCUGAAGCAUCAAACAUGAAGGAAGUUCUAAAGCAGCUGCAAGGAAGCAUCGAGGAUGAGGCGAUGGCGUCCUCCAGCCAGAUUGAUCUGCUGGAACGGCUAAAAGAAUUAAAUUUAGAUGGCAAUACUUUUCCUGGAGUCAAAAUAAGGCCAAAGAUGUCCUUACGAUCCUAUGGAAGCAGAGAUGGCUCCCUCUCUGGUCAUUCAGGAGAAUGCAGCCCCAUGGGGUCAUUUCAAAGACGAGGCUUCGUCAAUGGGAGCAGAGAGAGUGCAGGUUACAUGGAAGAAUUGGAAAAAGAGCGAGCUUUACUUAUUGCUGAGCUUGAGAAAGAAGAAAAACAAAAGGACUGGUACUAUGCCCAGUUGCAGAAUCUUACCAAGAGGAUCGAUAGCCUGCCUCUUACUGAAAAUUUUUCCCUCCAGACUGACAUGACCAGAAGACAGUUAGAGUUUGAGGCCAGGCAAAUUAGAGCUGCAAUGGAAGAGCAACUGGGAACAUGUCAGGACAUGGAGAAGCGAGCACAGGCACGGGUGUCUAAAAUUCAGCAGAUCGAAAAGGAUAUCUUCCGCAUUCGGCAGCUUUUACAGUCCCAAGCUGCAGAAACAGAGCAGAGGACUCCGCAGAGCAAGCGUGAUUCUGGCAGUAAGGAUGCAGAGAAGCAGGCUGUCAGCACUUCGGAAAUCUCCCAGGGCAGCACCGUUGGAGGCGGACAGGUGAAAGAAAAUGGUUCAUCCACUCGAGUGGACCAUGACACAGCCGGUGUUAUGAGCUCCAACACCACCUACUCCGUUCCGCGAAGGCUAACAAGUCACCUGGGUGCCAAGGUGGAAAUGGUAUAUUCACUUCUGUCCAUGCUUGGCACUCAUGACAAGGACGACAUGUCCCGAACCUUACUAGCCAUGUCCAGCUCUCAAGAUAGUUGCAUUGCCAUGCGCCAGUCUGGGUGUCUUCCCCUGCUCAUCCAGCUCUUGCAUGGCAAUGAUAAAGAUUCUGUGCUUCUUGGAAACUCUAGAGGAAGUAAAGAGGCACGCGCCAGAGCCAGCGCAGCCCUGCACAACAUCAUCCACUCUCAGCCAGACGACAAACGUGGGAGGAGAGAGAUCCGCGUCCUGCACCUCCUGGAACAGAUCCGUGCCUACUGCGAAACUUGCUGGGAAUGGCAGGAGGCACAUGAGCAAGGAAUGGACAGAGACAAAAAUCCAAUGCCGGCUCCAGUGGAUCAUCAGAUCUGCCCCGCCGUGUGUGUCCUGAUGAAACUGUCAUUUGACGAAGAACACAGACACGCAAUGAAUGAACUUGGUGGAUUGCAGGCUAUUGCUGAGCUUCUACAAGUAGAUUGUGAGAUGUACGGACUUAUUAAUGACCACUACAGCGUUACACUACGCCGCUAUGCAGGCAUGGCUCUGACAAACCUGACCUUUGGGGACGUAGCCAACAAGGCCACUUUGUGCUCAAUGAAGAGUUGUAUGCGGGCCCUUGUAGCCCAGCUGAAAUCAGAAAGCGAAGACUUACAACAGGUUAUUGCAAGCGUACUUCGAAAUUUGUCUUGGCGAGCAGAUGUAAAUAGCAAAAAAACUCUGCGUGAAGUUGGUAGCGUGAAAGCGUUGAUGGAAUGUGCACUAGAAGUGAAGAAGGAAUCGACGUUGAAGAGUGUUCUAAGUGCAUUGUGGAACCUAUCCGCUCACUGCACAGAAAACAAAGCUGAUAUAUGUUCUGUGGACGGGGCAUUGGCAUUCUUAGUUGGCACUUUAACUUACCGAAGUCAAACCAAUACCCUGGCCAUCAUUGAGAGCGGUGGUGGAAUACUGCGCAAUGUGUCCAGUUUAAUUGCCACUAAUGAAGAUCACAGGCAAAUCUUGAGGGAAAACAACUGCUUGCAGACAUUGUUACAACACUUGAAAUCACACAGCUUGACCAUCGUCAGCAAUGCCUGCGGGACGCUGUGGAAUCUGUCUGCACGGAAUGCGAAAGAUCAGGAGGCUCUGUGGGACAUGGGAGCUGUCAGCAUGCUGAAGAAUCUGAUCCAUUCGAAACACAAAAUGAUAGCAAUGGGUAGUGCGGCAGCUUUAAGAAAUUUAAUGGCAAAUAGACCUGCUAAGUAUAAAGACGCCAAUAUCAUGUCUCCUGGCUCGAGCGUCCCGUCGCUUCAUGUCCGAAAGCAGAAGGCACUGGAAGCCGAGCUAGAUGCACAACAUUUAUCUGAGACUUUUGACAACAUUGAUAAUUUGAGCCCUAAAACUUCCCACCGCAAUAAGCAAAGACAUAAGCAAAACCUGUACGGUGACUAUAUGUUGGACUCCACUAGGCACGAUGAAUCUGUAUGCCGAUCAGACAAUUUUAACCCUGGAAAUUUAACUGUUCUUUCCCCAUAUAUGAACACAACUGUGUUGCCUGGGUCCUCGGCUAGAUCCACUGCAGAUGGCAACAAACCUGAAAAGGACAGAGAGCGGUCAACAGGACUAAACAGUUACCACUGUACAUCGGAUACUACUGGAAACUCCUCAAAACGUAUUGGAUUACAGUUAAGCACUUCUGCCCAGAUAGCUAAAGUUAUGGAUGAGGUAUCAAAUAAUCACCAGUCCCAAGAAGAGAGAAAUACAGCAUCAGCUCCAGAAAUGCAUUGUGGUUCUGAUGAAAGAACUUCUCAGAGAAAGGCUUCUACUAACCAUCCACAUUCAUCUUACAAUUUCUCUAAAAGCGAUAAUUCCAGCAGGGGUUGCCCCAUGUCUUUUAUGAAAAUUGAUUACAAAAUAGCUUCCAACGACAGUUUAAACAGUGUGGGUAGCACCGAUGGUUAUGGAAAACGUGGACAGGUCAAACCAUCUGUGGAGUCCUACUCGGAAGAUGAAAGUAAAGUGUGCAGUUAUGGACAGUAUCCUGCGGGGUUAGCACACAAAAUCCACAGUGCUAACCACAUGGAUGACAAUGAUACAGAGUUUGACACCCCAAUAAACUAUAGUCUAAAAUAUUCAGAUGAACAGCUCAACUCGGGCAGACAAAGCCCAUCGCAGAAUGAAAGAUGGGCACGACCCAAGCACCUGAUAGAAAGUGAUAUUAAACAAAAUGAGCAGAGGCAGACUCGAAAUUCUAAAAUGCAAUUUGCCCAGUUUGCUGAAAACAAAGAUGAGAAGCAUAAAAAAUUCUCACCUCAUUAUACGCAGCCAGAAAAUACGUCUCCUUAUAGAUCACGCCCAUCAAACAAUAAAGAAGACCAGUCCAGAACAAGCUCCAGUCAAAAAGCUGUCAAACCUCAUUGUCAGGUCGAUGACUAUGAUGAUGAUAAAACAACUAAUUUCAGUGAGAGAUAUUCUGAAGAGGAGCACGAUGAAGAUGAAAGGCAAACUGACUUCAAUAUUACAACUUACAACCAAGAGGAGCACCAUGCAGAGCAGCCAAUUGAUUAUAGCAGGAAGUACCCUGCAGAUGUUGCUCCAACAAAACAGAAACAGCCUCUUUCUUUUUCAAAAAAUCUUUCCAAAGCACGAGCUAAAAAAGACCAUGCCUCAUCCAGCAGCAACACGCCUACUCCUUCACCAAACACAAACAGACAAAAUCAGCUCCAUCCUAGUUCUGCCGAAAAUAGAAGUGGACAGAAUAGGCAAAAAUCAUCAAGCAAGACCCCAUCUAUUAAUCAGGAAACUAUACAGACCUAUUGCGUUGAAGACACACCAAUAUGCUUUUCAAGAUGUAGUUCUUUGUCAUCGUUGUCAUCUGCUGAAGAUGAAAUAGAAGGACGUGAAAGAGGCACUCGAGUUACAGAUGCUAAUAAUACUCUUCAGAUAACUGAGCUAAAAGACAGCAGAAAUGUCGCAUCUAAAGAAUGCACAUCCACUGAAACAAGGGCAGCUUCACAGCAUAUGCGAACAAAACCAAGUAGACUUCAAGCUUCUAAUUUGUCUCCUUCAGAUUCGGCAAGACAUAAGUCUGUUGAAUUUUCUUCAGGUGCUAAAUCACCAUCCAAGAGUGGCGCCCAAACCCCUAAAAGUCCUCCAGAACAUUAUCUUCAAGAAACACCUUUAAUGUUCAGCAGAUGUACGUCCGUCAGCUCAUUAGAUAGUUUUGAGAGUCGUUCAAUAGCUAGCUCUGUGCAGAGUGAACCAUGCAGUGGUCUAGUAAGUGGUAUAAUCAGUCCAAGUGAACUUCCGGACAGCCCAGGGCAAACAAUGCCACCAAGCAGAAAUAAAACACCUCCACCUCCUCAAACUGUGCAAAAUAAGAGAGAAAUGAAUACGCCAAAGGCAUCUGGUAAUGUCGAGGAACCGGAUUCAGCUACUAAGAAAACAGCGGUGCAUUCAGCAGUUCAGAGAGUCCAAGUACUACAGGAAGCUGAUAGUUUUUUGCAUUUUGCUACAGAGAGUACUCCAGAUGGUUUCUCCUGUGCCUCGAGUCUCAGUGCCCUAAGCUUGGAUGAACCAUAUAUUCAGAAAGAUGUUGAACUGAAAAUUAUGCCACCUGUGUUUGAAAAUGACCAAGGAAAUGAAGCAGAAUCUGAUAAGUCAAGGGACUCUGCUGAGCAUCAGGAGAAUAAGGAAGCGAAAAACACAGAGCCAGAAAAAGAUAUUCUCGACGAUACUGAUGACGAUAUUGAUAUAUUAGAGGAAUGUAUCAUAUCUGCCAUGCCUACAAAAUCAUCAAGAAAAAACAAAAAGGCUGCCCAACCAAGUGCUUCCAAGCCUGCCCCACCUGUAGCACGGAAACCCAGCCAGCUUCCUGUUUACAAACUUCUUCCCCCACAAAACAGACUUCAGGCCCCGAAACAUGCCAAUUUUACACAUUCUGAUGAUAUGCCUAGAAUCUACUGUGUUGAAGGCACACCAAUAAAUUUUUCUACAGCUACAUCUCUAAGUGACCUAACAAUUGAAUCCCCACCUAAUGAACUAGAAAAUAAUGAUCAACCAACUAAUGCUAACAUUUCUGCUGACUUUGAAAAAAGAGACACCAUUCCUACAGAGGGUAGGAGUACCGAUGAUUCGGGAGCAGGUAAAACCUUAAGUGCCCCAGCAGCAGCCAGACUGGAUGAAGAUAAAACCGAGGAAGGCGAUAUUCUCGCAGAGUGCAUACAUUCUGCAAUGCCCAAAGGUAAAAGCCACAAACCAUACAGAGUCAAAAAGAUUAUGGAUCAGAUCCAUCAUACAUCUAGCUCAUCCACUGCAAUUAACAGAGGUCCACAGGAAUCCGAUAAGAAGCCAACGUCUCCUGUUAAACCUAUGCCACAAGCCAUUGAAUACAAAGGGCGUUCAAAGAAAAAUGGAGAGGCAAAACUCAGUCACAGCAAUGAGAAACCAGUCUGCGAUCCAAGAAAACAAAAUGUGAAAAACCAACCUGGCAGUGAUAAACUUCCUAAUAAUGAGGAACGUGCUAAAGGAAGCUUUGCAUUUGAUUCCCCUCACCAUUACACACCCAUUGAGGGAACUCCAUACUGUUUUUCAAGGAAUGAUUCACUAAGUUCACUAGAUUUUGAGGAGGAUGACGAUGUUGACCUUUCAAAAGAGAAGGCAGAGUUGAGAAAAGAAAAAGAAAACAAGAACACAAAUACAAGAAUUGGCCAUAAGAAUAGCGAGCAAGCCUCAUCAAAGCAAACUGCUGCUCAAGCUCUGCCUGGCAAAAAUAAUGUAGCAGGCAUGGGUUCUAAUAAACCCAUGUUGCAGAAACAAACUUCCUUUCCAACUGCUUCAAAAGAGGUUCAAGAGAGAGGAGGAGCUCAGGAUGAGAAGAUGCAGAACUUUGCAAUUGAAAACACGCCUGUUUGUUUUUCUCGCAACUCAUCUUUGAGUUCGCUAAGUGACAUUGAUCAAGAAAAUAAUAAUAAAGAAACAAAGUCUACAAAAGAAUCCGAAUCUUCUGAGCCGCAAAUGUCAUUAAGGAGACCCCAGACUUCAGGGUAUGCACCCAAGUCUUUCCACGUUGAAGAUACUCCAGUGUGUUUUUCUCGGAACAGCUCUCUAAGUUCUUUGAGCAUUGACUCCGAGGAUGAUCUGUUGCAGGAGUGUAUAAGUUCUGCAAUGCCAAAAAAGAAAAAGCCUUCAAAAAAUAAGAGUGGAAGUGAAAAGAGCCGUUCAAACAGCAUUGGUGGCAUUCUUGCUGAAGAGCCGGAUCUGUCUUUGGAUAUAAGAGAACUGCAGAGCCCUGACUCUGAAAAUGCCUUUUCCCCUGACUCUGAAAACUUUGAUUGGAAAGCAAUUCAAGAAGGAGCCAAUUCAAUUGUUAGUCGUUUACAUCAAGCAGCUGCUGCUGUAUCUCUGUCUCGACAGGGAUCAUCUGAUUCAGACUCUAUUCUCUCACUAAAAUCAGGAAUAUCACUAGGAUCUCCAUUCCAUCUUAAUCCAGACAAAGAAGAAAAACCUGUAGCGACUAACAAAGGUCCUAAAAUUUUGAAGCCCGGAGAGAAAAGUUCACUGGAAAGUAAGAAGAAUGAUGAAGAAACUAAAGGCAUCAAAGGAGGGAAGAAAUUAUACAAAAGUAUGAUUACAGGGAAAUCUCGUUCCAGCUCAGACUUUUCUAGUCAAUCUAAGCAAUCAUUGCAAACAAAUAAUAUGCCAUCAAUUUCUCGUGGCAGAACAAUGAUACAUAUUCCUGGAGUGCGUGCUAGUUCCCCAAGCACAAGUCCAGUUUCCAAAAAAGGGCCUGUUCUGAAAGGUACACCUUCAAAAAGUCUUAAUGAAAACCAGACAUCUGCCAGCUCACCUAGAGGACCAAAGCCCAUAAAAUCUGAACCACUUUACAGUAAUAGACAAGUAUCUACCCAAGGAGGCUCCAAAGUGCCUUCCAGAUCAGGUUCAAGGGACUCCACUCCUUCAAGACCGUCAUCACAACCUUUAAGUAGACCUAUGCAAUCUCCAGGUCGGAACUCAAUUUCACCCGGCAGAAAUGGUAUAAGCCCUCCAAGCAAAUUUUCUCAGUUACCAAGAACAUCAUCCCCUAGCACAACAUCUACAAAGUCAUCUGGUUCAAGUAGAAUGUCCUAUACCUCUCCAGGGCGACAGAUGAGCCAGCAAAACCUGAACAAGCAAAGUGGCCUUCCCAAAACACCAAGUAGUAUUCCAAGAAGUGAAUCUGCAUCAAAGGGUUUAAACCAAAAUGGGAACAGUAAUACAGCAAGCAAAAAAGCAGAGCUCUCAAGAAUGUCUUCAACAAAAUCCAGUGGAAGUGAAUCUGACAAAUCAGAGAGACCUGCUUUAGUACGCCAGUCUACCUUUAUCAAGGAAGCACCUAGUCCUACGCUGAGAAGGAAAUUGGAAGAAUCUGCAUCAUUUGAGUCAUUGUCUUCCUCUUCUAGAGCAGAUUCCCCCACACAGUCACAAACCCGAACACCCGUUUUAAGCCCUUCUCUUCCUGAUAUGUCUUUAUCAACUCAUUCUCUCCAAGCUGGUGGCUGGCGAAAAACGCCUCCUAAUCUGAAUGCACCCGUAGAACACAGUGAUGGAAAAAAGCGCCAUGACAUAACUCGAUCCCACUCAGAGUCUCCAUCUAGACUUCCAAUCACAAGAUCUGGUACGUGGAAACGCGAGCACAGUAAGCAUUCUUCAUCACUUCCUCGUGUUAGUACGUGGAGAAGAACUGGGAGCUCAUCAUCCAUUUUGUCUGCGUCAUCUGAAUCCAGUGAAAAAGCAAAAAGUGAAGAUGAAAAACCACAGCCUUGUUCAUCCUCAGGAGCAAAAUCCCACACAGACAGUCAACCAUUUACAAAAGGAACAUGGAGAAAAAUAAGGGAGAGCGAAAUUCCUGAAACAGUAAGUAAUGGAUCCUCGAACACAAUAGCAGAAUCCAACAGCAGUGUAGAAUCUAAAAGCUUAAUAUUCCAGAUGGCACCUGCUGUGUCUAAGACAGAAGAUGUAUGGGUAAGGAUUGAGGACUGUCCAAUCAAUAACCCAAGGUCGGGAAGAUCUCCAACUGGAAAUUCUCCCCCAGUUAUAGACCAUGUCAUGGAGCAAGGGGAGAAGGAUGAACCAGUCAGAGAGUGCCAUGGAAGGCAUAAUUCAGGCAAUGGCAAUGCUCCUACACUGGAAAACCGACAAAAAUCUUUCAUUAAAGUAGAAGGCUUAGAUUUGAAGGGAGCUGACCAAAAGCCUGUAAUUAUAAAUAAGCCUGCAGAGACUGAGACAAAUGAAAACUGUAUUGCUGAACGAACACCAUUUAGCUCGAGCAGUUCAAGCAAACACAGCUCACCAAGUGGGACUGUAGCAGCACGAGUCACUCCCUUUAAUUAUAACCCUAGCCCUAGGAAGAGUAAUGCAGAGGGCAGCACGUCGCGACCAUCCCAAAUCCCAACACCAGUCUCUGCAGGCUCAAAGAAAAAAGACUCCAAAGCUGACUCUCCAGACUCUAGCGGUUCGCAAAGCCCUAAAAGACAUUCUGGAUCUUACCUGGUGACGUCAGUUUGAAAGGAAUUGAUGAAUUUAAAAUAAAUUUAUCGGAUGUAUUAUUUUUAAUUGUGAUGUACAUUGUUAAAGACAUAAAUAUAAAAAAGUAUGUAAAUAGCUGAUUUCUCUGAAGGUUUUUCAGGAAGCCAUAAUUCAAAAAACAGUUUGUCACUGAUUUACUGUAAGAUACACACCCAGCAUUAUGAAACACAGCAAUGGGAAUCCUGUUUGACAGUGAUGGGGAAUAUCUGAUCUUGUUCCCACUCCCAGAUUAUAUCUCCUAUACCGUUACUGGAGAUACAAAGAUCUCUCCCUAUUUUAAUUCAGUUUCUCUGAUAUGGUUUAGGAAACAAUGACCUAGUCAUAUCAGGGAAAAAAACUUGUAUUUAUACAGAAAACCGUAUUGUUUCAAUCAUUGUAGAAUCAUUUAGCUGUGUAAGUAAUCACGUAGCUGUGAAAUUCACAGCAAUGUGGCACCUACUGAAACCAGUACCGUCCCCUAACCCUGGUCUACCUCUCUGCAUGACAAAGGACAGUUCAUUUUCUGAAGUGAUGUUGAUCCCAUGAUGUGCAUAGUUAUGGUGGCAGUUGUGUUCACACAAUAUUGUGUUCUAAAAGAAAUGGAAAUCAGUAUAACGGUUAUACCCUGUCCAAUAUUCAUUACUCUGGGCUUGGUUUCAUCAGGAAAUGGGAGAUUCUUUUAUUUUAUUUUCCGGCUAUGCUGUUUGUUGUUGUAUAUUCUGGUAUUUGAGGUAAGAUGGCUGCUCUUUUAUGAAUUAGACCACGUCUGAACAUGACCGAAAUGAACAUUUCUUAGUAAAUUAUUACUGUAUGUAAAUUCAUGUGUUUUUAUUGUGAAUUGUAAAAAUUUAAUAUGGCAUGCAUUUUUUUUUUUUUUUUAUUCUUUUAAUUUU